AUGGCAAUUAACCAAGAAUUAUCACAAAAAUUAAAAUACAUUGAAAGACUGACAAAUCAUCCUAAUUCUUUUUCCAAAGAAGAAAUCAAGAACCAACCAAAUGAUACCCCUGUUAUUAAGGCUUUGAAAAAUAAUAUCCGAACCUCAGAAAUUAUUAAGCAAAAAGACCAAGAAAUCACUACUCUCAAACUCCAACUCACCCAAAAAGAAAAUCAGUUAGAACAAACCAUUAAAGACUUUCAAGAAAAAGAAAAAGCCAAGCACCAAGAAUACUUAAAUAUCCUCACUAAAAAAGACCAAGACUGA